CAUCGAAUCAUCAGCUGCCGCAUUUUGCAGACCCAUUCCCUUAUUGGGAUUUCCACCUUGAAAUGGACCUCUCAGUUUUCUCGAGGGCCUUUCCUCCAUUGGUGUUUUUGAACUAAAAAAGAGGUCGUUCCCAGACUCAAACAUCUAGAAAGACAAGAAGCAUAAUCGCUUCAUGGCUCAGCGAUCGCAUGUUCCAAAGUUUGGAAAUUGGGAUGGUGAAAAUGUACCCUACACGGCCUACUUUGACAAUGCGCGGAAAGAGAAGAUAAGUGGUAUCAGAAUGAAUCCAAAUGAUCCGGAGGAGAAUCCUGAGGCCUUCAUGUUUUCAGGAUUGAUAAACGGAGGUGAAGCUUCUGAGUUCAGCCCUACUCCUUUGCAAAGAAACCUUGUCAGGCCAAUUUCUUCAGAAAAAUACCGACAAAAGCAGCGCUAUGGUCAUUGGAGAAACACUUCCGAUGAACCAAAAAGUGUUGGUCAGAAGAGCCCUGGUUCAGAAUCAAUCACUGAUAAAAACAAUUAUGACAAUCCACACCAGCAAAAGAGAUCUGAACGCAAGAAGAGUAUGAUGACUGAGAAUAGCAAUAGUUUUAUUCCAUUGUCACCUGCACGCAGGGCAAGAGGUGGAAGUGAUACAUCUGAUGACCUUUCUUACAAUUCAGCAUCUGUUCCCAAAUUCGGGGCUUGGGAUGAACGAGACCCCAGAUCUGGAGAAGGUUUUACUGUAAUCUUCAACAAAGUGAAGGAGGAAAAACGAAUCGCUGCAUCAAAAUUCGCACCUGCACAGCAGCCUCAGUCUAGCAACAAUGCAGAAAGCCAUAAAAGGGACGCUAAAUCAAAGGUCUGCAAUUUAUUUCUACAAGGAAAUGCUCGUAAUUUGGACCCGGCACGCGCAUUUAUCUCACUUUAAUCGUUGUUUCUCUGUGCAGAUGUUUUGCUGCCUGUUUUGAACUGCAACGAGUUGAUCCUGGCGGCUUGGUUAGUCCGUCUGGUUAAAGCUUGAGAAUGUAUUGGCGGCGAUACACUCUCAGUGUUUUUUUUAUUCCUUCCGCUGCAUCAACAUCAACAGGGUUUCUGCAGUAAAAUCUGGAAGUCUUGGCAUGCAUACUGGUACUAGUUUUUACGGGCAUUCAUUUCCUUUCGUCGCAUGAAUACAAGCACUUUCAGCGAAGUUUUCCAAAGAGGAGUGUGUUUU